GCAAGCUACUUGAUUGGGAUAAACUAAAUAACAAAAUAAACUACUUACAAAAACAUCAUGUAAUUUAAAAUAAAUAAAUAAAAUAAAAAAAAGAAAAAGAAGAAGAUAUAUUAAAGAGGUUUGUGAAGACGAAGGAGUCCAAAACCUCCCUCAGGAGCUUCCGCCUUAUUCAGAGUGUAGAGGAGGAUCCAAAAGAAAAGAGGAAAAAAUGGACUAUAUGUAUGGACCAGGGAGACACCAUCUGUUUGUACCAGGACCAGUGAACAUACCGGAACCGGUAAUCCGGGCGAUGAACCGGAACAACGAGGAUUACCGGUCACCAGCCAUUCCGGCGCUUACGAAAACAUUGUUGGAGGAUGUUAAGAAGAUAUUCAAGACCACAUCAGGGACACCUUUUCUGUUUCCCACGACCGGGACUGGUGCUUGGGAGAGUGCCUUGACCAACACGUUAUCUCCUGGAGACAGGAUUGUUUCGUUUCUGAUUGGACAAUUUAGCUUGCUCUGGAUUGACCAGCAGAAGAGGCUUAAUUUCAAUGUUGAUGUGGUUGAGAGUGAUUGGGGACAAGGUGCUAAUCUCCAAGUCUUGGCCUCAAAGCUCUCACAAGACGAGAAUCAUACCAUCAAAGCCAUUUGCAUUGUCCACAACGAGACCGCGACCGGAGUUACCAAUGACAUCUCUGCUGUCCGCACACUCCUCGAUCACUACAAGCAUCCGGCUUUGCUGCUAGUGGACGGUGUUUCGUCCAUCUGCGCGCUUGAUUUCCGAAUGGAUGAGUGGGGAGUGGACGUGGCCUUGACUGGGUCUCAGAAAGCCUUAUCUCUUCCAACAGGACUUGGUAUUGUCUGCGCCAGUCCUAAAGCUUUGGAAGCUACCAAAACUUCUAAAUCUCUCAAAGUAUUCUUUGACUGGAAUGACUACCUUAAGUUUUACAAGCUAGGAACCUAUUGGCCAUACACACCUUCCAUUCAACUUCUCUACGGUCUUAGAGCUGCUCUUGAUCUUAUCUUUGAGGAAGGACUUGAGAACAUCAUCGCCCGCCAUGCUCGUUUGGGAAAGGCCACCAGGCUUGCGGUGGAAGCAUGGGGGCUGAAAAACUGCACACAGAAGGAGGAAUGGAUAAGUAACACAGUGACAGCAGUUAUGGUGCCUCCGCAUAUAGACGGUUCGGAGAUUGUGAGAAGGGCAUGGCAGAGGUACAACUUAAGUCUUGGUCUUGGUCUCAACAAAGUGGCUGGAAAGGUUUUCAGAAUUGGACACCUAGGAAAUGUGAAUGAGUUGCAACUUCUCGGGUGUCUUGCGGGAGUGGAGAUGAUACUGAAGGAUGUUGGAUACCCAGUUGUAAUGGGAAGUGGAGUUGCAGCUGCCUCUACUUAUCUUCAGCACCACAUUCCUCUCAUUCCCUCUAGAAUCUAAUCCAUGUGGUCCUUCUCUUUCUUUCUCUUCCUCUCAAUGUAAACAAACUCUCAUGUUUUCUCUUUUCUUCAUCUAUAUUUUUACUACAUUAUCUAUGUUUUUAUUUGCUAUCUCCAACAAACUUAUUGAACAAAAGAUCAAAUAUGUUUAUUACUCACUAUAAACUUUGUCUCAACAACUUCAACUUAUAUGGGUAUGAGGGAUGCUCUUACAAUGUUAGUGGAACAUAACUCGAGUCUAAAACUAUGUUUGGGAUGAGGAUACUCGAUCGUCAAGUGAAAAAAGAUAAUUUUGAUCUCUCAUCCAUUUAUAUGGAGGUUGGUUUAAAGACACUAUAGUCGGGAGAAGGUGUCCCAUUUCGCGGUAUGAAGUCGAAGACGACUGAGAUAUAAGGUCUACAUUUGGCGGUAUGAAUCAAGAAGACUUAUUUCAAGAGGGGUCUUAUCUGUGACAACAAAAGGAAACUCUUGUUGAUGCUUUCUUAUGCCUAGUCAGUAAUCACAAUGUUCUGCAUAUACAACCUCCAUAUUAAUAAGAAAUAUUGAAAUUCUUUAAAAUGUAUUUGCGUCUUAACGCUUUUAGUUUAAAC